CCGGGUCGGAUGUUACACUCAUGGUCAUGGCGGCGACGCGCAAGCGCCCGGCGCCCGACGGCACUGACGCCGCCGGCGGCGAGAGCAAGCGGGCGCGGAUCACGCUCGGGAGCAUCUACGACUACGAGAAGCUGGAGGUGCUCGGGGAGGGCAGCUUCGGCGUGGUGGUCAGGGCGCGCCACCGCGCCACGGGCGAGGCGGUGGCCGUCAAGCGGGCCAGGGCCUCCGACCUCCGCGCGGUCCUCCGCGAGGCCGGCUGCCUGGCCGCGUGCCGCGGCCACCCCUCGGUCGUGGGCAUCCGCGACGUUGUCGAGGACGCCGCUACCGGGGACGUCUUCCUCGUCAUGGAGUUCGUCGGCGCCAGCCUGCGGCGCCUGCAGCGGGCGGCGGCGGCGGCGCGGCCGCGGCUCCCGGAGGCCGGGGCCCGCGCGGUGAUGCGGCAGCUCCUGCGGGGCGCGGAGCGGAUGCACGCCGCCGGGAUCAUCCACCGGGACAUCAAGCCGGACAACAUCCUCGUGGCCCCCGGCGGCGCGGUCAAGAUCUGCGACCUGGAGCUCGCCACGCCGGCGAGGCCCGAGGGGGCGGCGUACCCGGAGCGCCGCGUGGGCACGCUGCUCUACCGCUCGCCGGAGCAGCUCGCGGGCCGCCGGGACUACGGCCCGGGCGUCGACAUCUGGGCGCUCGGGUGCGUCAUGGCCGAGCUCCUCACCGGCCGGUUCAUGUUCGACGAGGACACGGAGGAGAAGAUGAUGGGCACGGUGAUGGACCUGCGGCGCGCGCUCGCCGAGAGGGGGCUGCAGGCGUUCGACGAGUGGCCGGCGUUCCAGGGCCUGCCGGAGCUGUCGCCGGGAGCGCGAGAGGUCCUCGCCGGCCUGCUUGCCUUCCAGCCCAGCGACAGGCUCACCGCCACGGCCGCGCUCAAGCAUCCGUGGUUCGCCGAGGAGGAGGAGGAGCGGCCUGCCGCCACCUGCCGCAGCGCGGGCAGAGCAGCUCGGAGUAGCAGUAGUGCUAGCGUAGUGACCGUCGUGUUCUGACUUCUCAGAGCUCCUGAAGACUCAAUUGGCUGUUGUAAUCCUAUUCGUUUAUUCAUUAUCUGUAAUCUGCUAUUAACAUAAAGAUGAACUAAUGCAUAUCCUUUUUUUGUAUAUAUAAGAAAGCAAUUCGUGCAUAUGUUGAUC